AUGGUCGGUGUGAAUGCUCUGUUAACGGCGACAACGCUGCUCGCGUUGUCAACUUCAUCGCUGGCCGACGACCGGAAAUGUUACUAUCCUGAUCAGACCCAAGCCAUCGGCGACGUCCCCUGCGGCAAUGGCACCAACGUCGCCUGCUGUGGUUCGGGCGACAUUUGCCUGGAAAACGGUCUUUGUAUCGCCAUCGAGGAACAGCCAUAUUCACUUUCCAGAAAGUCGUGUACCGACCAGCAUUGGGGUUCUGAAUGUCCUGGUCAAUGUUUAAUGAGAACCAGCUACAAUACCAGUUGGAUUUCUAUCGUUCUGCUCACAUUCCUGGACAGCCAGGCGAAUUAUUGCUGCAACAAUGUCGUCAGCUCCGGCAAUUCUCCCAUCUGUUUGAACAACAUCCCCAGUUUCACUAUGGGAAAUACAAAUAUUGUGCCCAACACCAACCUUCUAGCGGGCUACGUGGAUGCCAAUUCAUCCUCUACCUCUGCAAACAAUACCGAAUCGUCUUGCAAUGCGACCAGCACUGCGUCUUCAAUGUCUGCUCAAAAUACUUCAGCGACUGCGGACGGUCAAAGCAACAACCAUGAUGCUGCUAUUGGCGCCGGCGUCGGAAUUCCCCUAGGUCUCAUCGCACUUGCAUCAAUCGGAUGGGCAUUAUGGGAACGACGCAAAUUGCACCGUGUCAGUGCUGCCCACGCAGCAGCGGUUGCCGCGGCGUCGCAGUCUCCGCCGAAGCAAGAAGCGUGGACAUAUCCGAACAACAAUAACCAACAAACUCCUCCAACGCAGACGCAGUAUGAUCCUCCCACGGGGCCCCAACCCUAUGCUGGGUAUGUCGACAGCACUGCUCCAUCAGCCACCACGCACCAGCAGCCGAUAGUGCGCAGUGGGCAGUCUGGGUACUCGGAGAUGGCCUCCUCUGGGCCCGUCGAGUUAGACAGCGCACGAAGAGCCUAA